AUGUGUGGCAGGGGCAGGGGAGAGGUGUGCCAGCUCCCAGCUGGCCAGCUUGAUGCCCACCCCGUCCCCUCUGCGUGGGCGCUGACCCUCACCUCUGCACUUGCAGGCAGCAUGGAGCAGCGAGGAGGGCCACCAGAGCCGAGACCUGCAGGACCCACCACGCACCCACAGCCCAAGGAGGGGACACUGUGGGGUCUCCUCGCCAUCCUCUCGCUGCUGGCCGGGCUGGCAGCGGGCACCCUGCGAACGCCACACUGCAACGAGACGCUGGAUGCGGCCCCCACGCCGCGGGGCACGGCCACCGUCAGCCCGGCUGUGGAGGAUGGCGUGGAGGUACCGCUCGCUGCUGCCUGGAGCCACCUGUACGGGGACAACGCGACAAUGGGUGGCCCGGGUGCUGCGGAGCUGGCGGAGGACCUGCUGCUGCGUGCCGAGCGCUCACCGCCGGGCACCGGCAAAGCCAAGAAGGGGGCACGGAAACCCUUGCGGGGGGCCCGUGGGCGCAACUGCCACAUCCGCAACCUGAUGGUGAAGGUGCGCGACCUGGGCCUGGGCUUCAACUCUGACGAGAUCGUGCUCUUCAAGUACUGCAGCGGGUCCUGCCACCGGGCGCGCAGCAACUACGACCUGACACUGGGCAGCCUGCUGCGGCAGCAGCUCAUUGCCCCAGGGCCACAGGAACGGGUCCUCAGCCACCCCUGCUGCCGGCCCACCCGCUACGAGGCCGUCUCCUUCAUGGACGUGCAGAACACGUGGCAGACGGUGGAGAAGCUCUCGGCGGCUGAGUGCAGCUGCAUCGGCUGAGGAGGGGGCCGCCGGCUCGGCCCUGGCUCGACGCACGCCAGCAGGCCCCAGCUCGCUGGCAGACCCUGGCUUGCCACGCACAGUGGCACCGGCACUCAGAGGGAGGGUCUGGCAGAGGCCGGUGCCCCUGGUUUUACGUGGCCACAAGGGACCAAGGCAAGAUGGAGCCGUGACGGGGGGUGGGCAGCUGAGCCCCCUCCCGCUCAGUGCCAAGCAGCUGGUGCUGCUGGCGACAUCGGGUCCUGCCUCGGUGCACCCCGGCUCGGCCCUGGGAGAGGAGCUGGAGGGGGUACGGAGCAUCCCCACUGCUCACAGGGGUCUGCCACCCCGGUGUCCACCAGCAGCGCCCAGCUUGCCUGCGCCCUGCCUGGACUGGUGCUUCCACAUCCCUGCUUUAGGGGAGCCAGGGCCAAGCGUUGCCCAAGCUUCAGAGGGGGACAGAAAGGGAGCAAAACCUCCCUGUCCCCUUGGGCACCCUGGGGCUGGCAGUGGCCGGAGCUGCCCUACAGGGAGGGGGU